AUGCCGCCACGCUGGCGCUUCAAGAGACAGGUCAUUGUCUCGGGGGUUGUGUUGUUAGCUGUGAUAUGGCUACUGCUCGUCCUGCAGGAGCAGCCCCCAGUCAUCGAGGAUCAAGAAUUCUUGCUGGCGAAAUAUGUCCAUUCGCAGGAAGGAAAAGGAGGCGCAUGGUAUAUACCCAAUUCAUGGCUUGAGGACACCACCUCGCCACCCCAAACAAUCGUCGAGGCAGCCAAACUCGCCUCGCGGCGAGCCCAGGCGCUCCCCCAGCGACAGCUCCCCUACUCCGCCAUCCCGCUCAUCGUCCACCAAACGUGGAAAAACACGCAGCCAGAGACAUGGUCGCCGGCCGUCCGCCACAGCACGGAGCAGUGGCUCCGCGCCGUGGAAACAGACGGCAUGGCGUACUUCCUCUGGGACGACGAGGGGAUCAAGCAGUUCAUGCUCACCUUCGAACCCGCCCUGCAAACGCAGUUCUACGCUCUAUCUAGCAACGUCGAGCGCACGGAUGUCUUCCGCAUCCUUGUGUCUAAAUGGAUCGGCGGCGUCUAUGGGGACAUGGACACCGAGCCGCUGCGCAACCCAGCGCACUGGAUCGACGCAACAGACAUUCAGCCGUGGCAAGAUCCCCGGACCAACGCGACCUACAACUCCACCGCGUCUGUGCGCGCGAUCAUCGGCCUAGAGGCAGACUGCCCGCCGGACGGCGACAGCUACUGGCGCAUGGGCUACACCUACCCCGUGCAGCUGACGCAGUGGUCGUUCGCGUGGGCGCCGGGCCACCCGAUCCUGCAGCGGUUCGUGGAGACGUGGUCGGCGCGGAUGAGGCGGAUGUCGAGCGGCGCGGGCAUGCGCGACUGGGACCCGCUGAUGCUGACGGGGCCGGCGGCGUUCACGGAGGCCGUACAGGGCGUGUUGAACGAGACUGCUGGGCUGCGGUGGAAUGCGCUGACGGGGCUGGAGGACGGGGGGCGGAGUUGUCUCGUGCUCGUUGCUGAUGAAGCGGAUAGUCCCGGGCGAGGGAAGUACGGUAACAUGGGGUCGAAACCUCUCACGGAUCCGUCGGCGCGGUUACUGCACCGGGCGCAGGGCUCGUGGAGGAAGUUUGAUUUGGUGGUGGAGUAUGGCAAGUUCUGUCGGACGGUGUUUGGGCGGUGCAGGGGAUGGACGAAGGUGCCUCAUUCUUGA